ACUACACGUUUGAUUCAAAAUUGGACAUUUCAUAUUUAAUGACCUAAUAAUUUGACAAUAGAGACUGAAUGUAUUAGAUACCAUAUUCAGUUAAAAGUAAAAGCACAGUUGCGUGGAGUGAGAAGGACUGACGUCUGCUAGUAUCAGUGUCUUUGUUCCUAAGGUGGUCUUUCUUCCCUCUCUGGUUUGUUCCUGGGGACAUAGGAUUUAGGAACAGAGACAGUUUGGGGAGAACUGGAGGGCAAGUUGCAUAAUGCGGUGGAUUGUGCGGCUCGUGCUGUCCUGAGGUCCUCCAGGGCUCGCAGGAGCAGGUGAGCCUUUCUCAGGCGAUGAGGACAGAGACUUGCUGAGGUGGUCUGAGGUGCUGGAGCUUGAAUCUCGGGGUCUUGAAGAAGCAUCGUUAAGGAGUGAUGGGAAGAUGACGCCUGGUCUGGAUUUGGUCCUUCCAGCAGCACAUGGUGCUGCAACUUCACUUCCGUCAUUGUUUGCUCUUCCUGUUACCAGUGAGCUGAUAUUCAUACUCCAGUUUUUUUUGGUUGGUCACUGCCCUGGAACUUCUGCAGGUUUUUGUGUGAAUAUGUGCUUUUAUUUCUCUUGGAGGUACCGAACAAAGCCAUACUGCUGUGGCCUCUGUAAAUACUCUACAAAGGUACUUACUUCAUUCAGAAAUCAUUUACAUCGUUGCCACGAAGAUGAGAUUGACCAAGAGCUGGUGAUCCCUUGCCCAAACUGUGUGUUUGCAUCUCAACCCAAAGUCGUGGGGAGGCACUUCAGAAUGUUCCAUGCUCCUGUUCGGAAAGUGCAGAACUACACGGUGAAUAUUUUGGGCGAAACUAAAUCGUCGAGGAGUGAUGUGAUAAGCUUUACCUGUUUAAAAUGCAACUUCUCAAACACUCUGUACUACAGCAUGAAGAAGCAUGUGCUGGUAGCCCAUUUUCACUACUUGAUAAACUCCUACUUUGGCCUGCGGACUGAGGAGGGCGAGCCACUGAAAACUAACGAGACUCCUGUGGAGAAGAUCCCACCGUCUGACAAGUAUUACUGUAAAAAAUGCAGUGCCAAUGCCAGCAGCCAGGAUGCAUUAAUGUAUCACAUUUUGACAUCAGAUAUACACAGGGAUUUGGAAAAUAAGCUUAGAUCUGUGAUUUCAGAACAUAUUAAGAGGACUGGACUUUUGAAGCAAAUGCAUAUUGCCCCCAAACCGGCAGCGCGGUUGGUCGUGCCGACCAGCAGCAGUGCUCCGAGCAUCCCGGCCGCGCCACCUCGCUUCCAUCUGGCCCUGCCACAGAGCAGUCCCAGCCCGGCCACAGUGCAGCCGGUGACGGUGGCCCCGGCCGCUUCCGGGAGCCUCACCCAUUCCCCACCGGCGGCUGCCCAGUCCCACGUGACUCUGGUCUCCACCCCUCUGCCCGUGGGCCAGAACAGCCUCACCCUGCCGUCCUCAGCGCCUCAGCCUGUCUUCCUUUCUCACGGGGUUCCACUUCACCAGUCUGUGAACCCUCCCGUGCUGCCCUUGAGUCAGCCGGUUGGACCCAUAAGUAAGUCUGUGGGCACCGGUGUCCUCCCCCUAAGUCCGGCCGUCCGCCCGGGGGUUUUGCCCGUCCCCCAGCCUGUGGGGCCCAUGAGGCCUGGCGUCCUUCCUGUUAGUCCCUCUGUCACCCCCGGAGUUCUUCAGGCUGUCUCGCCAGGGGUGAUCUCUGUGAGCCGGGCAGUGCCAGCAGGGGUCCUUCCUGCAGGCCAGAUGACCCCUGCUGGGGUUAUCCCUGGGCAGACGGCAACCUCCGGGGUGCUUCCUCCUGGUCAGAUGGUCCAGUCAGGGGUGCUCCCUGUUGGCCAGACGGCCCCGUCACGGGUCCUCCCUGCAGGUCAGGUGGUCCCGUCUGGGCUGCUUUCUCCCAGCCAGACGGUCUCCUCAGGUGGUGUCCCUGUGAGCCAGGGGGUGAAUUCUGGGGUUCUUCAGCUCAGUCAGCCUGUCAUGCCAGCAGUUCUCCCCGUGGGCCAGCCAGCGCGGCCCGGGGUUCUGCAGCUCAGCCAGCCAGUCAGCACCAGCAUUCUGCCCGUGAGCCAGCCGUUCAGACCCGGCGCUUCACAGAACACCACCUUCCUCACCUCGGGCUCUAUUCUCAGACAGCUCAUCCCUACGGGGAAGCAAGUGAACGGGAUUCCAACCUACACGCUGGCCCCAGUGUCUGUCACUCUGCCCGUGCCCCCCGGAGGUGUGGCAACGGUGGCCCCACCACAGGUGCCCCUCCAGCUGCUGCCAUCGGGCACAGCAGCCCCGAUGGCUGGCGCCCUGCCCGGCAUUCCCUCUCCGUCGGUGCUGGUGAAUGCCUCCCAGAACGUGUUCAUUCAGGCCCCUUGCUCUGCGGCAGAUACGAACCAGGCGCUGAAGCAGGCCAAGCAGUGGAAAACCUGUCCCGUUUGCAAUGAGCUCUUCCCCUCCAAUGUCUACCAGGUCCACAUGGAGGUGGCCCACAAGCACAGCGAGUGCAGGGCUGGGGACAAGCUCGAGCCCGAGAAACUGGCAGCGUGUGCGCCAUUUCUCAAGUGGAUGAGAGAGAAGACGGUUCGCUGUCUGUCCUGCAAAUGCCUGGUCUCUGAGGAGGAGCUCAUCCAUCACUUGCUGAUGCACGGCCUGGGCUGCCUGUUCUGUCCGCGCACGUUCCAUGACAUCCGAGGUCUUUCCGAGCACAGCAGGACCAUGCACCUGGGGAAGAAGAAGUUGCCUGUGGAUUACAGCAACAAGGGUUUUCAGCUGGACAUCGACGCUAACGGCAACCUGCUGUUCCCCCACCUUGACUUCAUUACCGUAUUGCCAAAGGAGGAGCUUGGGGAGCGGGAAGUCUACCUGGCCAUUCUCGCCGGGAUACACUCCAAGUCCCUUGUGCCUGUGUACGUGAAGGUGCGGCCUCAUGCCGAGGGCACGGCCGGCAGCCCCAGCAAGCAGGUGUCAACCUGCCCCUUCUGCUUUGGCACCUUCGUGGCGCCGGAGGCGUACGAGCUGCACUUGAAGGAGAGGCACCACAUCAUGCCCACGGUGCACACGAUUCUAAAGUCCCCCGCGUUCAAGUGCAUCCACUGCUGUGGGGUCUACACUGGGAACAUGACACUGGCUGCCAUCGCCGUCCACCUGCUGCGCUGCAGGAGUGCCCCCAAGGACAGCGGCUCUGACCUGCAGGGCCAGCCUGACGCUGUCGAGAACAGCGAGCUGCUCCUGGUCAACGGUGAGGUUGUCCCCGAUGCCCCCUUCUCUGUGAAGAGAAAGCUGCCUGAGGCCCACGCGGGGGCCGAAGACCAGAGGGCUGGGGAGGAGCCGCCUCUCGUCCUGAAUGUGGAUGCGGCCCCAGGUUCAGAAAAAGGGACGAGUGUUGUGCCUUUUAAAAGACAAAGGAAUGAAACCAGGACAGAGGGACCGGUCGUUAGCGAAGAUGCUCUUCAGAUUUUAGCAUUAGAUCCUAAAAAAUAUGAAGACCGUUCUUAUGAAGAAAAAAAGCAAUUUCUUAGAGAUUAUUUCCAUAAGAGACCGUAUCCUAGUAAAAAGGAAAUAGAACUCUUAUCCUCACUCUUAUGGGUAUGGAAAAUUGAUGUGGCUUCAUUUUUUGGAAAAAGAAGGUAUAUUUGCAUGAAAGCAAUAAAAAAUCACAAGCCUUCUGUACUUUUAGGCUUUGAUAUGUCUGAACUUAAAAAUGUUAAACACAGAUUGAACUUUGAGUAUGAACCACAAAACUUGUAAGAAAAUUAGUAAAGCUAAAGUACUAGGUAAUAGGUUUUCAAUUGAGACUUUUUAAAAUGUUGUUUUCACUGCGUUGAAUUAAUCCCAGUGGUCUUUAUGCUGCUCUUUAGACGUAUUUCAGGUGCUCAGAAAGGCUUCUAUGUAAGGAAGCAAAUAGUUCUUUCAGAUUAAUUGUAACAAUAUUUUCAGUUUUUCCCUGUGUCAUGUAAAUUAAAUCUUUUGAUACUUCAUGCACGCCUUGUUUUCCCGGCAGUGUUAGUUGUCGUAUGAUAAAAAACCUGAAAUCCACAAAUACUUGUUUUUUUCAUUUGAGGAAAUUUCAGCCUGUUUCAGAAUACUUGAUUAACUGCAAGCCGGAGCGUCGAGCUCCCUCAGCUUUGCGGGCAGCGGCAGGUGAGGCCGGGAAUGUUGGGAGCCGCUCGGCUCCCUGCGGGCGCACUGCAUUAACUCUUGCUGGUUUCUUCUUUGAAAGUUAUUUACUUAUUAGAUUACAGUUUUGAUCUACAUUUUUUCAGGUUUGUCCUAACAGCUGUUUUUUUUUUUUUUAAUCAUAACUCAGAAAACUAAGUGUUUUUUAUUUGUUAAAAAUAUACUGGAUCUGAGGUCUGGCACGUAGCUCAUAAAUCAAGAGUUAUUUUUACAAAUGAAGUAAUUCUGUAGGUGCAGAAAUCAGUUUUCAGUGUAGACUUUCCCUCUUUUUUGAUAUGCUGAUAAGUCAUUUCUCUAUUCAAAGGUAAGAAAACAAAUCUAUAGUGCCUUUUUAGAAUAAACAUUGAAACACACCCAAAAACUCUUCUCUUAACCUAACUGCUGAUAAACUAGUGAAAGGGAAGGACUGCAAUGCUCAGGAAUAAAGUCACUGCACCUGAGUGUGGACACGAACUUAAAUCUCAACGCAGGUUUUCAGGGGACAGGGUGGAGCGAGUGGGCGGGUCUGAGUCGCCAGGGCCGGCGUGGUCGGGCUCUGGCAGCAAGUCCUGGAGGCCAGGUUUCCUCUGGCCCAGCUGUCGGGUGGAUGGGACGUGUGUUGCUGAAGAAUCUGUGUUGUGUCGUUUGGAUGUUAAAUCUCCGUUUUUUCCAUCUGCUGUAAAAGAAGCACCAGAACCAGUGAGGGAGACCAGCUUGGGCCAUAAGUCACGUGCUGGUGGUACACAGCGGAGGAACCUGUCUGACAUACCUUUGGGUAGGAAUGUUUGGAGGAGGUGACAGCCUCUGAGAAAUAUAAUAAUGUUACUAUAUGAAUUUUUAAAAAUAUAAUACUUGCAUGUAAUUGCUAUAAUGUGCAUUUUUGAGGCAAUUGUGAAACUGGUCUGUGAUUGUUGGUGUACUCUCGUACGUUCAAAAAGAGCUUGUUGAACUUAUUAUUUUUUUUUACCUAUUGUUUUCAGAGUGUCUAUUUUGAAUUAAAAUUUGUUACACCACUGCAAA